AUGGUUUUAAGGGCGGGUGCAAAAGGCUAUAAAACCAUACCAUCACCGCUACUUAGGGUGACCAGCUUUAAAUACUUGAGUCAUUGGGUAACCGAGAACUUAGGUGAUAAUAAGGAUAUAGACAGGGAGCGAAGGUCACUGUCAGUUCGCUGCAACAUGCUGGCUCGCAGAUUUGUACGUUGUACAGAAGAUGUCAAAAUAACUCUUUUUAAAGCCUUCUGUCAAUCAUUUUAUACGUGCAGUCUGUGGACCAGCUAUAGCUUGCAUGCUUACAGUGACCUCCGCAUUCAAUACAAUAAUGCGUUCAGGAUACUGUUGGAGCUGCCGUGGCGCUGUAGUGCCUCACUGAUGUUCGCGGAAAGGCGCGUCGAUGACUUUAAAGCCAUCAUGCGCAAGAGGUGCGCGUCAUUACUUAAGCGUUUCCGCGGCAGCCACAAUAGUAUUCUGAAAGUGUUUGUAAAUCGAUGGGAGAGUCCAAUGCUGCGACAUUGGAUAAAGCUCCAUGUAAUAUGA